AUGGCUUUCAUGCUGGAGAGAAUAAUGAUAACCUCACCCCAUGCUCUGCACUUACUUAUUGGGUUACUCUUCAUCUUUGUGUUACUGAAAGCUAUUCAGUUAUAUUGGAGGAAAAGAGAGUUGCUGAACACCUUCAAGAUGUUUCCGGGUCCUCCCAGCCACUGGCUUUACGGCCACAACAAGGAGAUCCGACGAGGACAAGAAUUCAAAAAAAUCUUGGAAUGGGCAGAAAAUUACCCCUAUGCCUUUCCUAGAUGGUUUGGUGGCUUUUCAGCUAGCUUGCUAAUCAACCACCCUGAUUAUGCUAAAGCUGUGUUUGCUCGACAAGAUCCUAAGGGUAUGCAUACCUACAGAUUCUUCAUUCCCUGGAUUGGCAAAGGGCUGCUGAUCCUACAUGGACCAAAGUGGUUUCAACAUCGUCGAUUGUUGACUCCAGGGUUCCAUUAUGACAUUUUGAAACAGUAUGUACCACUGAUUGCAGAUUCAGCCAAAGUGAUGUUGGAUAAGUGGGAGAAUCUGGUUGACAAGGAUGGUACGAAGUCAUUAGAGGUGUUUGAACAUGUCAGCUUGAUGAGUCUAGACAGCAUCAUGAAAUGUGCAUUCAGUUACCAGAGCAAUUGCCAGACUCAGAGGCAGUUGGAUUAUUAUGUCAAAGCUGUGUAUGACCUGACCUAUCUACUGUCUCAGAGAACCCGCACACUCUUGCUUCGGAAUGAUCUCAUCUAUUGGUACAGCUCAGAUGGGCGUCGUUUCCGGGAAGCCUGCAAACUGGCCCAUCAACAUACAGAAAAAGUAAUAGAAAACAGAAGGAGAUCCUUCAAGGAGGAGGGAGAGCUUGAAAAGAUCCAGAAGAAACGAUACUUGGAUUUUCUAGAUAUUCUUCUUUGUGCCAAGGAUGAAAAUGGAGCUGGAUUAUCUGAUGAAGAUCUGCGUGCUGAAGUAGACACCUUCAUGUUUGAAGGCCAUGAUACCACAACCAGUGGUAUUUCCUGGAUCUUACAUGCAAUGGCUCAGAAUCCAGAACAUCAGCAAAGAUGUAGGGAGGAAAUAAAGGACACUUUGGGAGAAAGAGACACGGUUCAGUGGGAAGACCUUGGGAGGAUAACUUAUACCACCAUGUGUAUUAAGGAGGCCCUCCGUCUUUACCCUCCAGUUCCGGCUGUGUCCCGACAGCUUAGUAAACCCAUAACUUUUUGCGAUGGACGCACCUUGCCUAAAGGUUCCAUAGUGGCAAUUAGCAUUUAUAACAUCCACCGAAACCCAAGCAUAUGGGAAGACCCAGAGGUGUUUGAUCCCACAAGAUUCUCAUUAGAAAACUCUUCUCAGCGACAUUCCCAUGCUUUUGUGCCCUUUGCAGCGGGACCAAGGAACUGCAUUGGACAGCAGUUUGCCAUGAAUGAAAUUAAAGUUGCUGUUGCCCAAAUCCUGCUUCGGUUUGAAAUCUUACCCGAUCCAGCAAAGCUUCCUGUUCCUAUUCCUCAAGUUGUCUUGAAGUCUGAAAAUGGGAUACAUAUACUUCUAAAGAAACUCAAUGGACAAUAA